CGACCUCGGUCUCGCGAGGCCGUGACGUACGUGGUGCUCGCGAAGCCACGUCCGGGACCUGCUCCCUCCCGUCCCGCUCCCAGGCCGGGUCUCGCGACAGCGCUGGGCGAGGGAGGCGCUAGUUGUCCUCCCGCCAUGGCCGCCGUGCGUGCCCUCCUCCCCGGCGCCCGCAGCCGCUUGUGGUUCCCCUCCCGCUUCCUGGCGCUGCGUCCUUUCGCCUCGAGGGCCAGCUUUGAGUACAUCAUUACAGAAAAAAAGGGGAAAAAUAGCAGUGUCGGGCUGAUCCGGCUCAACCGCCCGAAAGCACUCAACGCACUUUGCAAUGGCCUGAUUGAGGAGCUUAACCAGGCCCUGGAGGCUUUUGAGGAGGAUCCAGAUGUGGGGGCCAUUGUGCUCACUGGCGGGGAUAAGGCAUUUGCUGCUGGAGCUGAUAUCAAGGAAAUGCAGAAUCAGACCUUCCAGGACUGCUACUCCAGCAAAUUCCUGAGCCACUGGGACCAGCUCACCCAUGUGAAGAAGCCAGUCAUUGCUGCUGUCAAUGGUUUUGCUCUCGGUGGGGGCUGUGAGCUCGCAAUGAUGUGUGACAUCAUCUAUGCUGGAGAGAAAGCCCAAUUUGGACAACCAGAAAUCCUGCUGGGAACCAUCCCAGGUGCUGGAGGCACCCAGAGACUCACCCGAGCAGUCGGAAAGUCACUGGCAAUGGAGAUGGUCCUUACUGGUGAUCGGAUCUCAGCCCAGGAUGCAAAGCAAGCAGGUCUGGUCAGCAAGGUUUUUCCUGUCGAAACGCUAGUUGAAGAGGCCAUCCAGUGUGCAGAAAAAAUUGCCAACAAUUCCAAAAUUAUAACAGCCAUGGCCAAAGAAUCUGUGAAUGCAGCUUUUGAAAUGACGCUAACAGAGGGAAACAAGUUGGAGAAGAAACUCUUCUAUUCAACCUUCGCUACUGAUGACCGGCGAGAAGGCAUGGCUGCAUUUGUGGAGAAGAGGAAGGCCAACUUCAAAGACCACUGAGAACCAGAAAGUGCAGCCCACCUGUUGAGAAACAAAUCAUCCUCGUAAAGGGCAGUGAUGGGCUCCCGGCGAUGGCCAUAGGGCUGUGGCCUCUGCUCAAGCUCUUGUGGUAUGACCAGCUGCUUCCAUGGCAGUUGGGAGAGUCAGUGGUGUUGGGUCUGAUCAGAGUACAUUCUUCCAAAUCAUAUCCACUGAGGAGCCUUCAAAGUUUUCACUUUUUAAGAGACCGAUGUUUGCAACAGUGGUCUCUCAUGUGCACUUGUGUUGGGUGGAAAGCAGUGUGUGCCCCAUCUGCAGCUGUACAGCUGAGAGUGUGACUGCUCAAGGGAGGUGCUCCUGUCGGCUGAUUUUGAACGAGAUUAUCUGAUUAAAGUGACUGCUUCAAAUCAAUACAACUUA